ACCUACUAAAAAAACAAACUAGUAAAAAUGUCACAUAUCUUCCGCGCGGUGGUUCAACACAUCAACUCGACACAUAUUCGUUCUUCAACGCUUCUUUGUUCAAUUGAGGACUAUCUUUGGUAAGCUUUUUUCGGUUGGAUUAAGUUGCUGCACACCACCUGUUUGUUGUAUUUCCUGAACGAAAGUUCCUUAUUUUUUCACCUUUUAUUCUUAUUUUAUUUUGUUUGUAAAGCCUCUGUAAUGUAAAACAGAAAAGAAAAGACUCCUGAAUGAUGUCUUUCACAUUAUCAACUUCCAAAACAAUCUUUGGCUUCCUCCACAAGUUAUCAAAAUUGAGACCCUUUUGCUUCUGUGAGUACUCCACUCAAAGAUUGAGAAGUGAUCAUAUGCAUUCUGAAUUCGCCAAUGGAACAACCCCAGACAUGGAGCAAAGCAUAUACACUACGCUUACGGUAGACCGCUGGGAGUCACUGAACCACAUGGAAUAUAAGCUAGCUUCACUUAGGCCAGUUCAUGGGAGAUUAGCUUUGAGAUUCCUUAACUGGGUCAUUCAGCAGCGUGGUUUGGAACUUACUCACCUCACUCACAUGAUCUCCCUCACUACUCAUAUACUUGUGAGAGCUAGAAUGUAUGACCAUGCCAAAUCACUUUUAAAACAUCUCUCGCAAAUAGGUGUUAGUUCAGACUCUGUUUUUACUGCUUUAAUGAACACUUACCCCUUAUGCAAGUCAAACCCUUCUGUAUUUGAUCUCUUGAUUAGGGUUUAUUUGAGAGAAGGAAUGAUUAGUGAUGCUCUGGAUAUAUAUCGUUUGAUGGGUGUUCGAGGGUUCAACCCUUCUAUUUACACCUGUAAUAUGUUGCUGGGCUCACUGGUGAAGGAUAGGAGAGUUGGGGCAGUUUGGUUGUUUUUCAAGGAAAUGCUUCGUAGGAGGGUUUGUCCUAAUGUUUCCACUUUUAAUAUCUUAAUCAAUGUUUUGUGUGUGGAAGGGAAGCUUAAGAAAGCUGGUUAUCUCUUAAGAAAGAUGGAAGAAAGUGGUUAUGUGCCAUCUGUAGUUACUUACAAUACUGUGCUCAAUUGGUAUUGCAAGAAGGGUCGGUAUAAGGCAGCUUUUGAGUUAAUUGAACGGAUGGGGUCUAAGGGCAUUGAAGCAGAUGUUUGCACUUAUAAUAUGCUUGUUAAUGAUUUGUGCAGAAACAAUAGGACAGCAAAAGGUUAUUUACUUUUAAAAACGAUGAGGAAGAAAAUGAUAUAUCCUAAUGAAAUCACAUAUAAUACUAUAAUUGAUGGAUUUGUGAAGGAGGGAAAGAUUGAAGCUGCCACCAGGGUGUUUGAUGAGAUGUCUAUGCUCAAUCUUUUGCCCAAUCAUGUUACCUACAAUGCUUUGAUUGAUGGGCAUUGCCGUGAUGGUAGUUUUGAAAAAGCUUUGACAAUUUUGGAAAAGAUGGAAGCAGUGGGACUGAUUCCAAAUGAAAUUAGUUACGGUGCUCUUUUAAACGGUUUGUGCAGGCAUGCCAGAAUCGAAUCAGCAAAAAGUGUUUUUGAGAGAAUGAGAUUAAAUGGCAUGAUUGUUGGUUGUAUAUCAUACACAACAAUGAUUGAUGGCUUAUGCAAAAAUGGAUUUCUUUAUGAAGCUGUGCAGUUGCUUGAUAAGAUGUUCCAGGAUGGCAUAAUACCUGAUAUUAUCACAUUUUCUGUGCUAAUAAAUGGAUUUUGCAGUAGAGGGAAAGUUAAAAAUGUGAAGGAAAUAUUAUGUAGAAUGUACAAAGCCGGAUUUGCCCCAAAUUAUAUUAUUUAUACUAGUUUGAUUUAUAACUACUGCAAAACAAUGAAUGUUGAGGAAGCGUUUAAGGUGUAUGCAGCUAUGAGUCGCAUUGGCUGUGAUGCAAACCAUUUCAUAUGUAACGUGCUAGUAUCAUCUCUUUGUAGAGAUGGAAAGGUUGGAGAGGCAGAGUAUUUCUUGCAUCACAUGAGCAAUACCGGUAUAAUUCCUAACUCCGUCACUUUUGAUUGCAUUAUAAAUGGUUAUGCAAAUUUGGGCGAUGGAUUAAAAACACUUUCUAUGUUAGAUGAUAUGAUAAGAUUAGGUCAGCAUCCAAGUCAUUUCACAUACGGAGGUCUACUUAAAGGACUUUGCAGGGGUGGAAAUUUGGGAAUGGCAAAGAAAAUAUUGGAUAAACUUCACUAUAUUCCUUGUGUGGUUGACACUGUUACUUAUAAUACAAUUCUUGUAGAGAUAUUUAAAGUAGGGAAGUUGGCAGAUGCAGUGGCCCUCUUUGAUGAAAUGGUCAAGUGUAAUGUGUUGCCGGAUAGUUAUACAUAUACUAUUAUUCUUACUGGGUUAGUUCGAAGGGGAAAAAUGGUUGCUGCUCUUCACUUUUAUGGAAAUCUUCUGGGAAAAGGAACUGUAUCUCCUGGUAAGGUUAUGUUCACUAGUUUAGUUGACGGUUUUUUCAAGGCUGGUCAGUCAAAGGCUGCUUUGUAUUUCUAUGAAGAGAUGGAGAAAAAGGGCGUACAUCCUGAUGUUAUUGCAAUGAAUGUAACUAUGGACAGAUAUUCAAGGAUGGGGAAAAUGGAAAAGGUCAGUGAUCUCUUUAAAAUGAUGAGGAGCAGCAGUAGCAUAAUAUCCCCUAGUUUGGCUACGCAUAAUAUUCUCUUGCAUGGUUAUGCAAAGAAAAAGGAUUUGUUAAAAUGCUCUGAUAUGUAUAAUCUCAUGAUGAGGAUGGGGAACUUUCUUGACAAAUGGACUUGCCACUCUCUCAUUCUUGGACUUUGCCAGUCUGCUAUGCUAGAUAUCGGUCUAAAGCUAUUGAAAAAGAUGCUACUAGAGGGUUUUGUAGUUGAUCAGCAUACAUUUAACAUGCUUAUCAAUCAAUGUUGUCAAACUGGUGAAACGAAAAAAGUCUUCGACCUGAUAAACAUUAUGAAUUUAUUUGGCAUUUUUCCUGAUUUGACUACCCAAAACUCCAUCAUUAGUGGACUCAACAGAGUUUCGACUGUUCAAGAAUCUCAUCUUCUCUUGCGUGAUAUGUUGGAGAGGGGUUUUAUGCCUGACCGCAUACAUUAUAUUGCUUUAAUUAAUCGCAUGUGUAGAAUGGGGAAUAUUAAAGGAGCCCUCAUGUUAAAAGAUGAAAUGGAAGCAGUAGGCGUGAGUUCCAGAGAUGUUGCUGAGAGUGCUGUGGUAAGAGGGCUUGCCAAGUGUGGGAAGGUUGAAGAAGCAAAGCUGGUUCUUGAUUUUAUGCUUCGGAAGAGCCUGAUUCCUAGUCUUGCUACUUUUACAACUCUAAUGCACAUGUUCUGCAAGAACAAAAACCUUGCAGAAGCUAUGAAGUUGAGGGAUACUAUUGAACUUUGUGAUGUGAAACUUGAUGUCAUUGCUUACAAUGUUUUAAUUUCAGGCCUCUGUUCUGAUGGUGAUGUCGCUUCUGCACUAAAACUGUACGAAGAGAUAAAACAAAAGGGCCUCUUGCCCAAUAUGACAACCUAUCGCAUCCUUAUUGAUGCAAUUUUAACAUAUGAUAUUAGUCUUUCCAAAGGUGAAGUACUCUUGAAGGAUUUAUGUCAGAGGGGAGUGAUAUCUGGGUACUAUAGUGAAAGCAUCAAACAGGACUUGAUAAUAGCCAUGAAUAGGAUGAAGUCCAUGAAGCUGCACAGAAGUUGAUGUUGCCAAAACCGAGUUAGUUGCCAAAGUUGGUGAGUUAGAAACACAACUAUAUUAUUAUGUCAAGCGGCAAGGUGGUUAGGUUGGCUACUCAGAAAUUAUUUUGGGUUUGAUAGGUAGAAUGUGAGGGACAGGGGGAUGUUGGAGUCACCAUUGGACGGAUGGUAGCUUCUGCUAUUGCAGAUAGCAUGAAGGUGAAGAAAAUUGGAGGUGAGCCACUUUUGGAUGUCAGUGCACUAAUCUGCCUUCAAUGAUUGGCGUACACAGGGAUGGGACUACAGGUGCAAAGUGGGUUUUGCAUGUUGAGGUAUUUAAAAGAGUGAAAGUGUAUAGAAAGAAGGAUGACAGUGUAGGGUCAUGCUGCUAGAGAUAUUUCAAGUAAUGAUAAAAUUCGCAUCUCUAGAGUUCUGUUAGAAGCUGUCACUGCUUGACUGCAAGUGACAGCACUGUACAUAAUGCAUGGACUGCAAUGCUGAAGAAUUUGAUUGUGGCCACUUGUGGUAUUGGCAGUUGAACUUGAUUGUGGCCAAUUGUAGAUGAACAGUGUAGUUAUGCUUAUCUGCAUGUCAUGUCAUAAAGAUAGAGUUAUAAACUUGAGAGGGGGAAGUAAAGGCAGUAUGCUUACCAUCUCUAGAUCAGAGGUUUUAUCCCGAUAGGGCAUUGUCACUGGGAUAUGCUCUCCUCAAAGAGCUUGUUGAGGGCCUCAGAAUUAGACCAUCUCCGGUCGUCUCUGCCUAGUUAUCUGGUGGUUCUAAAGCUUGCAUGUAUAAGGGUUUUCGGGUAAUUUAGUGCAAACUUUAGAGAGUUAAUUCAUGCAAUGCUCAGUUCAAGCUAUUUUCUGUUCUGGUAAUCCUGAUCAUUCAAGGAACAUGUGAAGGUCAAAUAAAUCUGGAUGAUAGCCGAUUGUUCUGAAAUUGUUCUCUGGCCAUAUCUAUGACUCUAGGUUGAUUUUACAAGUGGUUUGGGUGCCCGAUUUGCUCUACACUUAAUCAUCCAAAAAUGCCUGGGCCAUCAAAACUUGUGUCUUGGUUUGCCAAAGAUGUUGUCUCUGGUCUAGAUGGUUUAUAUCUUACCAGGUUUGAAUCCCAGCGCACCGAGUAUUGGCAGACUUUGUACUCUUCAGUGGAAUUGGGGGCACUGUAUCUGAUUUUGUGCCCAGGGAAUGAUCACCUUGCUCUGCAUAUUUGCUCAACGUCUACAAGGUCGGCUUGUGAUGUGGAAUGUUUCCCCUCGUAUUGUUGUUAUGGAAGUUAAAAGGAUCUAUGAGUAAUUGAAACUAUUGAGAAUUAACAUAGCAUGACAGUGGAAGGAGGAGCUGUCUAUUGUCAAUUAACUCGAGUAUGAUUGCAUUCUCACUGGUUCAAUGAACGGGCAGCCAACUGCUUCUGCUCGUCAGCACGGCACUCCCCUCUUAAUGGAGUGAAAUGCAUCCGUGGAUCAAAACUUGAUUAACACAGAAAGCUUUAAAAUAACACCGUUAUGCAAUAUCAGAGCCCAAGUGUUCCGUUUUCUAUAUCCGUGUCCGUGCUACAUAGCGGGCCAUUUGCUCGCAUGAAGUAAAAAUGUAGAGGAACCUGUAGGAAUAUAGAAUCAGAUGUGCACAUAUUUUUCCAUUGUGAUAAGGCUAGAGAGAACAGAGAGUCUGAGAGAUGACUCAGCAGUCAGCAGCAGAUAUUUGGUGGAGGUUAGUUAUGUCAAUCAAUCAGCAGUCAGCAUUCACUUUGUGGAACAUCUAUUAAAAUUAUUAUAAUAGAUUUACGCAACAAAAUUUGAGAUGAAUGUAUAUGAUAUUUGUUAGUAUGAUACAUCGAUAAUGAAGAUAUUUUAGAAUUUUUUGAAAAUAUAAGUUAAAUCGACGGAAUCGAUUCUCA